UCGUUGCUGCAACCGCUUGUAUGCUCUCCAAUGCAACCGUCGGCUUGAUUUGUGUUUACCUUUUUUUACUUUCCAAAAAAUUUUACGACCGCUUACCUCAAACUACUCGCUAAAGUGUUCAGAAAUGCCUAAAUCGCCAUUUGGUGGCAGCAAUAUGCGCAUUAGCUGGUGUGUUUGUUUUUCCAUUCCCAGUCCCAGCAUGGUCACCAUGGUAACUUGAGGCUGGCAACACACCGACCAUCGCAGGGUCAGCUCCAUCGCAACCCUCGGCCAGUGCGGACAAAUCAAUAAUGGCGUUCCGGGAUGUACGAGAUCUGGCGGAGCAGCUGAAGCUUCUCGGCUACCCGAACAGCAUACCGAUCUCCGUGCUCAGUACACCGUACGGUGGGCCGGAAAGCUUCAAAGCGUACUCGGACGUGCUGCAGUGGCUGAUCAACCGGCUCGAGCCGAACCUGGUGCUGGCGGGCGGGACCCGCACCGAGCAGGAGCGCAUCCAGUUUGUCCGGUCGGCGACCGAGUUCCUCGUGACGCGGUCCAGCAUCAAGGUGAACCCGCGCAAGCUGUACGCGAGCUCGGUGGCAGCGGCCAAGGAGCUGCUGAAGGUGACGGCCCUGCUGCUCUCCUCGCCCAAGGUGACCGGGCAGGAGGAGGAGCUGAUCAAGUCGCACGUCGAGAUCGACCUGUCGGACAAGCUCGACGAUCUGAAGAAGGUGCGCGGCCUGUCGUCCGAGCUGACGAACCGCGGGGCCGCCCUGUACGAUCUGCUGCAGAAGGAGCUGCUCAACCGGGAGGUGCGGAACGUGCAGUCGACCCGCUCGCUCGAGCUCGGUGCCACGGAGAAGAUCAUCAAGGGUGCGAUAGGGUCGCUGCAGUCCCGGCUCGCCAGCGCCCGGGCCGCGCUCGACGGGCUGCGGGCGGACAACGCGAACCUCGCGGCCAAGAGUGCGCGCAAAGCGUCCGAGCUGGAGCGGUCACGCCAGCGGCUCCAGGCGCUGCAGAAGGUGCGGCCCGCCUACCUGGAGGAGUUUGAGAAGCUCGAGCAGGAGCUGAAGGCCCUGUACGAGCAGUACAUCGUGCGGAUCCGGUGUGUGGACGCGCUGCGGUCGCAGCUGAUCAGCAAGAAUCGGACGCCCACACCGACGUCGCCGGUCGCGCGGAUCGCCGACAGCAGCAUGACGAUCCUGCCCGAGGGGCUGAUCGAGUCGGAGGACGAGAACGAGGAGGAGGACGACUUUGACGAGCGGGACGACGUGAAGCUGCGGACGGAUCGGCGCGUGCUGCGCAGCGAGCUGCUGAACCGGGAUCACCGCGGGUCGACCCGGUUCCGGUCGCGCAUCGAGGGCGCCUCGCCGAGCGGCAAGGAGCGGUCGAAGAUGAUCGGCAGCAUCGAGGACGAGCUGGGACCGCUCGACAGCUCGAUGAGCUCGGAGGAGUCGGAAAGCGAGCUCGAGAUGGGCGGCAAUCGGUUGAUCGAUGGCAGCCUCCGCACCGAUGACGACGAGGACGAAAGCUUGGCUAAAAUGCCCCGCGAAAGCUCCACCAUCAACCGUAGCGCAAAGGUGGACCUGAGCGAUGAGGAUUUUUAGAUGUUUUUUUAUGGAAUCGCUUUCCCGUUUCGGACACUCCCAGUGCUGCAAAAUGUCACUGUCAAUGUCAUGAAAAAAUCUGACUGAAACAAAAUCCAUGUCAGCGUCACGUACUCAAUUGUGAUUAGAAGUGAUACUUAAAAUGAUAUUCAUGACAAAUUCCGGCUGAAACAAAAUCAUAUCAGCGUCACGUGCUCUACUGUGAUGAUCAGAGGUGAGACUCAAACAGUUGGUGCGACCAUCACAUGCUUGGUGACAUUGUGUGCAGCCACCUCUUGGUCAGUCACUUGGUCGCGACAUAUUCUGUCGGUGAUCAUCCCGUUGGUCAUGGGACAUAUGCGGUACGCAGCGAGUGAUUCCAAGCAACAAAAUGAACAUGGUUUCUCGCUCUGUUUGACCCGACAGACAAUCAAAGCUUACAGAGCGAGAAAGAGUGUCCAUUUAGUUGCUUAGGACCACACGCCAAGUAUAUUCCAAGAAUGUCGUGACCAAGUGAGUGAUCGAGAGUUGGGUGCUACAAAAAGUGUCACCAAGCAUGUGAUUGAUCCAUCCACUGUAUGAAUCUCACUCUCUGGUCAUCACAGUUGUGUACGUGAGCUGAUUUGAGUUUCGUUUUUAGUCAUGAGUGUUGGUGACUGAAACAGUGAUAUUGACAGCACUGGUCACAGCCAGAAAAAGUCAUGAUUAUGCUUGUGAGUCAGAGUGUCGCGAUUGACUCAAGCACUCGCAUGUCGUGUUCGACAUUUCAUGACGCGUUUUCAUCGAGUAUCAGCAAUGAACAUCAAGCUACCAUGGAUAUGUUCAUUGUUUUUGUUGGUAAAUAUCUCGUGAUGAUCAUGACAUUUUGCAGCACUGGGCAUACUAUUGCAACAUCCAACAAAACACAAAGCAUGCACAUUGCACUUAUGGACGGUAAACAACGGUAAAACAUAGGUUUAUACAAAUACUAUACAAUAGAGGGAAAAACAAACUCACACAUACACACAUACAACACACACUCACACAUUUACAAUGUAGUGAAUAACAGGAGGUUCGACUAAAACGACUAAAAUCUGCUUGAGCAAC